GUAGGGAGGAGUCUGACACUCUCAGUUCAGGUCAGGACAGACUGAAGGGCAAACAAGCAGCAAGGAGAAGAAAAUAAAACUAAAGUGGAGUUUUCCAGAUAAAUAAGAGGAUAUUAAAGCAUAUUGAAUACUGCCUGCCUGAAGAACAAUGUCUGUGUCUCCAGCUGCCUUGGCUGCUCGACGGGUGCUCGCUGCUGCGUCACAUUCAAGCCAUGAGGGAGGAGCGAAAACCUGGAAGAUCCUGACCUUUGUGUUGGCCAUACCUGGUGUUGGUGUGUGCAUUGCCAACGCCUACAUGAAGAUGCAGGCACACUCCCAUGACCAGCCAGAAUUUGUGCCAUAUCCUCACCUGCGUAUCCGCACCAAGAGAUUCCCGUGGGGCGAUGGAAACCACUCUCUGUUCCACAACCAUCACACCAAUGCUCUGCCCGACGGCUUCGAGGAAUCCCACCACUGAGAGGAUCAGCCGUGUUUUGCUGCUUGUAUAAAACUGCAGUCUGCAGUGUACUUGGCUUAAUUAUACUGACCGAGGGGCCACCUAGACAUGAAUAAAACCACUUUGUGUCAUUUA